GCGGCUCUGCCGAAGCAUCCCUGCUAUAUUAUGUUCAUGGGCGCGGAAUCGCUAGAUCUGCCGCAACACAAACGUCUGCUUCUUUCAAUUUAUGCCACGACUUCUUCGAGCGAAUCCCCAAUCGAUAUAACUAAAGGCGGCGUUAUUAUGAAGGAGCCGGGUAUUUACACGAGAAUAUGUCUGACGACAGUUAAUGCGUUCUCAGGGGACAACUCAGAAAAUAAAGAGUACAGCUUGGAUGUUCUGUAUAAAUGUUGCAACGAAGUAAAAUGCAGCGGUCCUUACUCGAUGAAAAUUCACAUAUCACCCGGACCCGCUGUGCCAAUCGCCCACGACGUCAACUUCUAUAUCGGCUCAGCGAAAAUGAACGAAAUUAACGUAAAAAGGGACCGAGAGGACCGCCAUGAUCCAGAAACAAAGAUCAUUCUCCUAUUCUAUUCUGAUAUGAAUAGAAAUUUUUACCUGAACAGCAGCAAAAAUAGCAUCAUCGACACAACUCGUCAGCAUGUAACGCUCGAUUCUCAGACCUUUUACUAUCGUUCAAAUAUCUCCUCCAUUGAAAACCUAGAUACCCCGAUAGAUUCACUGGACUAUGUUAUUUCGCGCUCGAACUUGUGCUAUUCAAAUGUAGCAAAGAUUAGGAUAUUCAGGAUACAUGACAUACCGGACAUUUCCGAAGCAGCUUUGGAACAACUUGAAUCGGCAAGAGAAUUCAGCACCAUUUUUAGCUUGGUCGAUAAACGAAUUCUAGAACCACACGGACAGGAAGCUAAAGCCGUUAUAAAAACCUUGCCAAAUGGGGCUCUAUAUCAAUGCAUCAGAGAUUCAGACGGUGUCUUUCCUUUUAACCUGCCAAAAAUCGUCCAGAUUGAUGAAAAAGAACUACCUUGUACCGUCUCGACUGCCUCCAGUUUAAUAUAUAGACCGUUUGUAUCCAGCUUACACAACUACAACAACACCUUCAGCUACGACCUCGUCAACCCCGUCGGCAACCUGCUUCCAAAGAAACUCAAUAUUCACAUCACAUCCAUCAACCAACCUCCAAGAAUUAUAUACAUAACUGAAAGAUUUAUCUCCUCAAGUCAGACAAGCGAAUUCAAGCUAUUUUGGAACAUCGCCGAAUUGGAAAACCCAAUUCAUGAACACAAUAUGACGUUAAAACUGCUGGAUGCGUGCGAAACCGACGAAUGGAAACUUUUCCGCUGUCUAGACAACAUAUGCGAAAAUGUAGACAUGUCCCCAAUUCCAAAACAAGACAGCUACCUGUUGAAGCCCUCAUACACGGUUGAAAGAAACUGUUCUUAUUCCGAACACCUUAGCGAAAUAAUGACAUUAUAUCCGUGUCGCUACGCAGCAUACAGAUAUCUAUUCUAUCCAGAUCCCAAACUUAAUCGCAACUGCUUUUACCGCUUGAUGCUCCGUGUUAGCAAUCCCGUAUUCGAAUCUAGAAGUGUCAAUAUAACUCUUAACGCCCUAUCUACGAACAAACCCCCGUUUAUUUGGGUGCCUCCCCUUAUUGAAUUCAGCUAUCCUGUAAAAGAACUAUACAUUAAGAGCUAUAAAGACGAAGACCUGUCAUAUGACAAAUACGCAUACGUUGACGAUACUGACGCCCGAUCUGAUUGCAAAAAAAAACUAACCGUUAAAGUCGUACAUGGCGCCGUCGAGAACUUCCGAAUCAUUUCUGACGUAAAAAUAUGCGAAUCCCCAACCACCAGUUCAUCAACGCUCGAAUGCUACGGGACAACUGACGAACUGAAUUCUCUCUUCAAAGACUUAAGGGUUAUUAUGAAAACUGAUACUGUCGAUAUAAAAUUUUUGUUGUCAAACGAAGGCUGCGUUUCCACCUCCAACACGAGCAUUGAUAACGUCUAUAUAUCCUCUGUGAUGACAAGAAUUAUAUACACACGUUCUGCAGACUCUCACAUUCCUCAAGCUAGCUACAUUAUUGCAGCCUCUUUUACUGUCGUCUUCUUCGUUUUUGUGGUCUUUGUUUACAAAAAAUUACAGCGAUAUUUUUCUACCCCUUACUUCGAUGUUGAACGAGAGAUCAACAUGGCGCUUUUAAUGCAUCACUCUCAUGAAAGUAACCCCAACUCUAGUAUCUCAGUCGAUAUUCAGCUUUCUGAAACAGACUCUGAUGGACAUGACUUUUCAAUGUAGGACAAGGAAAAACGAAGAGCGAGUCUAUGCGCCUGGAAACCAAUAACCGAAGUACUUUACUACAAACUGGAAUGCCCAGAACCACACUAUAUUGUUGCGGGGUUUGCUGAUAACGCAUUAUGUUGACGGAUCUAUAGAUAAUGUCCAGACUUUUAAUAAAUCUAUAGAUAACCAAUAAAUUGAAUUACCUGUGCAGCUCAGCUCAAAGUUCGCAAUUGCCCCCUACCGCCACAAUUCCGAUAGCAAAUAAUAUGGUGGUGAAAGGUCCAGAAGAAUUCCAAGUGCUUGAAAGUUCAACACUAUAUCUAGUCAAUUGCUCAUUCCCUUAUUUGGCUAUAUUUCAGUUUAACCCCAAAAAAAUUUUUCGGCACCUCAAAACGAAAGGCAUAACGACUCGCAACACCUCUUAUGUUCUUUCAAAUAGAAUCCUGCUAUGGUCAGUUCUCACUAUCACUCUUAGGAAAACCUGCACUCACCAGGGAGUAAAAAACAGUUUCAAACGACAAAGAACUCAUCAGGUCCGACAGUGAUCUUUCGUCGUUCCACUUUUAUCAAAUCCAUCUCGCAAUUGCAUAGCGCUUUUGUGUCUCCUGGUUGCCCGAUGAUACCCUUACUUCGUCUUCUUGCGACACGAUGUGGUCGAGCUUGUGUCUAACUCGACCACAUCUCAACUGAAACCAAACAACGUCACCAAUGACAACGGGGUCAGGUCGCCUAAAAACAAAUGGAUAAAAAGUACGAGGCUAAAAAAAAUGACUCACAGUAAUUUAAAUUACCAGCAAAAAUUUGCUUUUAUGGCCGUGCGUGAUGAAAGACGUGCGAUCAUGAAACACUGCAGAGCAUAGAGGCAUAGCCGCAUUUUUUUGAGUAGAGGCCCACAGCAAACCAUGUGCCUAAAUACAUGUACUUGGAAUUUACCGAAACCCAAGAUGACUGGAGCACAUAAAAAAAAACGUAGCUGAUUCAAUCGCAUAGUGAGAGGAAUUGGCAUAUAAUGAUGAUGAGUCUAGCCUCUAAUUAAGUGGAAAUAUCUGUUGGCUGAUAGCUACAGAUAUAUGUAUACACAUAUGCGACGGUCAAUUUUACAAUAAUGCCAUAACUUACUGUGCUGGAUGUCUUUCAUGCAAAAAAAAAUGUACCCUCUUUUUGCUAUUGUACAGGUUUUUAAUUCACAAUAGUUUACGCGCCUUAUCAAGAUUGUACUCCCAAAAUACGCCAUAAGUACGGUGCUACAAAUUUUCCAUAUGCUGUGCAUACCCACUGGAGCCACGUUGGAUGUUACUUGUGCAUACUCGACUGUUCCUCUGUGCGCGUUCCAAGUAGACCAAAUGCCUUCAAACAAGGCCGGCAGUCCUGUUAGACGAUUGCUACAUUAACAACUAUCUUCAAUGCCAAUAAACUACCCUAAAACCAGAACGACGUAACGUACAAAAAA